AUGCUCACUUUCGUCCGUCUACAUUUUGUUGCCGUGACUAACCCACUAACACCGUGGUACAUAGAUGAAUGCCAUGAAGUUGUUGUUAAUUUCUCUUCUAUUUUUGGAAUACCUUCACAUGGCAUCGUCAAAAAGAGGUCCACCUAUAGAUCUCUCUCACCAGAGGGGAGGCUGUAUAAGAAGACGAACCAAACGUCCAACUGCCCACGAGUUACCAUAGCUUGAAACACACGUUGGCACCGCUUGUCAUCUAUCUUGUCUUUAUAGUUUAUCUAUCACUGAAGUAAACUAUAAGUUUGAUGCUACAAAAAAUAUAUGCAGAGUGCAAAAAAGUACAUUCUCUCAAAAUAAAGCCAAAAUUCACAUGAU